GAGGCAGCUGCCCUGGCAGAGUGUCGGAAGAGGGAGGGAGGAGGCAAGCAGAGGGAGGAAGGAAACGGGGAUAACGUCACGAAGACGCGGAGUAAAACGGGCUGAGCAGCGCUUAAUGGACGAUCCUUGAUGCGGGCCGGAGGAAGGAAAAACUGGGGCCAGCUCUUUUGAUUUAUUUUCCCCCUUACAUCAGACGAGGAUAACAAAAAAACAACAACAAUGUUUUUCCCAACCUUCCGAACGUGAAAAGGUGCGCCGCCGUCGGGAGAAGGAGGGGGCCCAGAAGAAACAGCAGCAGCAGCAGAUUUGAUCCUUUUUAUUCCUACAUUUUUUUUUUUUACCCCCCCUCCUCCGGAGCUCCACCAAACCGGAGAAAUGGAAAUGUGUGGAGCCCUCCUCCGUUCGCCCGUCCACUGAUCGUGACACACGGAACUUUUGAAGGAGGAUCGGCCCCCGAACGGCGUCUUUAAUGCGUGAAAAAGACACGCAUUUCAACCCUCCACGGCUUUUCGGAGACGUCGCUCUGAGUGCUUUCUGAAGCCCCCUUCGGGAGAAUUAACAGGUUAAAGCUAGGACAACUUCCAAAAUGAGUGAGCUGGAGCAGCUUCGUCAGGAGGCCGAGCAGCUGAGGAACCAAAUACGAGAUGCCAGGAAAGCUUGUGGCGAUUCAACACUCACCCAGAUGGCUGCUGGUUUGGAUCCCGUCGGCCGUAUCCAGAUGCGGACAAGGCGUACCCUCCGCGGCCACCUCGCCAAGAUCUAUGCCAUGCACUGGGGUUCAGACUCAAGGCUUCUGGUCAGUGCCUCUCAGGAUGGGAAACUGAUCGUCUGGGACAGCCACACCACUAACAAGAUACACGCCAUCCCCCUGCGCUCCUCCUGGGUGAUGACCUGCGCGUACGCCCCCUCUGGGAACUACGUGGCCUGCGGCGGCUUGGACAACAUCUGCUCCAUCUACUGCUUAAAAACACGCGAAGGCAACGUGAGGGUCAGCAGAGAGCUACCCGGCCACACAGGUUACCUUUCGUGUUGCCGUUUCAUUGAUGACAAUCAAAUCAUCACAAGUUCAGGAGACACCACCUGCGCACUGUGGGACAUCGAGACGAGUCAGCAGACCACGGUUUUCUCGGGCCACACCGGCGACGUCAUGAGUCUGUCGCUGUCGCCCGACCUCCGUACCUUUAUCUCAGGAGCCUGCGACGCUUCAGCGAAACUGUGGGACAUCAGGGACAGCAUGUGCAGACAGACCUUCACGGGCCACGAGUCGGACAUCAACGCCAGCUGUUUCUUUCCCAACGGAAGCGCUUUCGCCACAGGCUCCGACGACGCCACCUGCAGGCUGUUUGACCUGCGCGCGGACCAGGAGCUCAGCGUCUACUGCCACGACAACAUCAUCUGUGGAAUCACCUCCGUGGCGUUCUCCCGCUCCGGCCGCUUGCUCCUGGCCGGCUACGACGACUUCAACUGCAACAUUUGGGACGCCAUGAAGGGAGACCGAGCAGGAGUCCUGGCAGGCCAUGACAAUCGCGUGAGCUGUCUGGGUGUGACGGACGACGGCAUGGCGGCGUGCACCGGGUCCUGGGACAGCUUCCUCAAGAUCUGGAACUGAGCCACGCACGCCAAGAGGAAACACGAGCACGUCUAGCAUCCCCGCACACACACACACAGCUCCUGUAUUGGGACAGUUUGCCCCCCCCCCCCCCCCCCCCCCUUCCUCCUCCCCUGAUACUGUAUUUAAGAUUUAACAGCCAAACUGCAACAUUUUACUGUACAUAUUAUAAACAACGUAGGUGCGAGUUUACCCACACAGAUACACACACAUAUCCUGACCCACAAUGCUUUGAAUACAACAAAAAAAAAAAAACAAUCUAAUCUGAACACAUGCCUAUAUUACUCACUGCAGACUUAAGUGCAAAUCUGUUUAUAUCAAAUGUGACCAAAUACAGCUGAAACUUCAGCUGCUCGAAUAAUAAUAAAAAAAAAAAACACACAACAAAAAACAAACACAAGAAUCACUGUUACCUAAAGCCUUUUAAACACAUCGAACACACUUAAAUUCACCGACAUUUCACUCGAGAGACACCGCUCCUCCAGACAAAGUGCUGGGAGAAGCUUCCCGGCGAAACGAUUCUGCCUUUGUUCACGGCGUAGGUCAGCACACGUUUCAUAUUCUUUGCCGUUUCCGUGUCAGUAUCGUACGACUUCAGCAACGACGGUGUGAGGGACGAAUCACACCAGUGCAUAAACGCUUCACUGACAUGCUGUUCGGGUCAUGUUUUAUAGAUAUGUACGCCCCCACAUACUAGUUUUUAGUUGAACUUUGCUCCUCUUUUUUUAUGUGUUUUAUUCAUGUUCUCCCCGUGUGCCUCAGAUACACUGAAAAUUAGCUAAUUAAUAAUCAGGUAACUCCAAAUGAUCUUGGACGGCGGCGGGAUAAAUUACAGCAUACAGGAACACGUCUACGGCGGCAGAAGCCAGCGUUCAUUUUGACUGUCAUUGAUUAUUUGGAAAUUACCGUGGCAUAAAUGUACAUAAUACUAAUAAAUAAUAGCCUCGCCUGACA